AGAGUACGUACAUACCCGACUAUUAAUCAAUGAAGGUGUGUUUCUCUGAAAAAUUAAGAUAAAUGUUUUUGUCUGAUAAGAAUUAGAUAAAUAACGAAAACAUUUGGUUCCUGAGUAAACACUACAAUUGAAAAUGAAUCAUUUGACUAUUUAAUACUCUGAAGGGGCUCUACAAUUUUAUACGACAUGUCUUUCCCAAGUACAGGACAGGGACUGUCCAAACUCAAAAAGAAACAUUUUCGGGUGAAACAUCAAAAAGUCAAGCUUUUCAGGGCGAACGAACCAUUUCUGUCGGUAUUAAUGUGGGGAAUUAAUCACACUAUAAACGAGCUUAUGCAUGUAACCAUCCCUGUGAUGUUGUUGCCAGAUGAUUUUAGGGCGUAUUCGAAAAUUAAAAUAGAUAACCAUCUUUUUAAUAAGGAGAAUAUGCCCUCUCAUUUCAAGGUGAAAGAAUAUUGUCCUAUGGUGUUCCGCAAUAUUAGAGAGAGGUUUGGAAUUGAUGAUUUGGAUUAUAAGGAAUCCUUAACUCGGUCUCAACCUUUACCUGAGGAUUCUGCAGGGAAGAGUGGUGCUAAAUUCUAUCACACAUCAGACAAACUUUUUAUAAUUAAAACCUUGACUUCCGAAGAAGUUGAAAGAAUGCACUCGUUCCUCAAGCAGUAUCACCCAUACAUAGUAGAAAGACAUGGAAAAACACUGCUACCUCAGUAUCUAGGGAUGUACAGACUUACUGUUGAUAAUGUAGAAAACUAUAUAGUUGUCACAAGGAAUGUUUUUUCCAACCAUUUACACAUCCACAGGAAGUUUGACCUAAAAGGAUCCACUGUAGAUAGGGAAGCUUCGGAAAAGGAGAGAGAAAAGGAACUCCCAACUUACAAAGAUAAUGAUUUUGUCAAUGAACAGAUGAAGGUAUAUAUUGGUGAUGAGGCAAAAAGUAAGUUGAUGGAAACGUUAACUGCUGAUGUUGAGUUUUUAACUAAACUGCAUUUGAUGGAUUACAGUCUUUUAUUAGGAAUACAUGAAGUAGAACGUGGUGAAUUGGAGAUGGCGCGAGAAAGAGAAUUAAAGGUUGUACAUCAAUGUAGUGAUUCUGAUGAGAGCGAAUGUGGAUCAGGUUUUGACCAAAGACGAUUUGAAUUGAAUACACCACCUGAUUCUCCAAAUGCCAUUGCUCAGUUUGUCAGAGAACACAGUUUGCAGUAUGAAGGAGGUAUCAUUCCGGAAUUGGAUAUAUAUGCCAUACCUAGUUGCGAGUCAGCUCCAGUAAAAGAAAUAUACUUUGUGGCCAUCAUAGAUGUUCUUACCCAUUAUGGAGUCAGAAAGCAGGCGGCCAAGGCCGCCAAGACAGUCAAAUACGGUUCUAACGUGGAUGGUAUAAGCACAUGUGAUCCAGAUCAGUAUGCCAAAAGAUUUAUCGAGUUCAUGAAUAAGGCAAUAGAAUGAAAUUGUUUGAUGUGGUCUAGUAGAACAUUGUGAAUUUUUCAAUUUCUGGAAGAUAGUUCUUUAGACCGUUAACAGUUGUUUGAGAUUUUCUUUCAAAUUGAUAAAGAUAAUUUAAGAACACACUGCUUUGAACUUUUCAUCUAUUUCUAUCCUGAAGGUACACACUGUAUGAGGAAAAGUGAUAUUAGUUGUAUGCAUGCUUAUUAUAGGAGUGUCUGUUAUCUAGGGUUUAAAUGAAAAUGUAUUCGGGUUUCGAUAACGAAACAUGAGAUUUACAGCAAAAAUUUAUCAGUCGAUAAUUUGAAUUUGAUGGAUGUCGGUGUAUUUUAGAAGUUCUAAAAGUGUAUUGGACUGCAAGAAAAUACGCAUUCUGGCAGCAUUUCUACCAAAAUAAAUAGCUUUUCGAUGAAGAAUUUUUAUAUGUGAGUUGUUAAAGUAACUUGUCUUGAUAGAUCCUGUACAGAAUUGAUGUUAUCAGAUUUGGUAUGUAAGAGUACAUAAGAGUUUCAUUUUUCAUAUCAUUCAUCAAUUCUGUACUGUUUCUUUCAAAUUUUAUGUAUAUUUUUACUUAUUGAAAUAAUCAUCUGAUAUAUUUUCUACAUGCACAAAAAAAUUCUGGGGAAAUAGAAAAAAAGUUUAAUUUUUUAUAUUCUAUAUAACCGCCGAAAUUUUUCGAGUCUUCUCUCGAGAAUCUACUGUAUUUAUAACCGUUUUUCUAUUUCAGGAUAAUCCUUAUAAAGUACCUUAGCUACAUAGUUUCGUGUGAAUGGAUAGUUCGAGUUCUAUCUCUUUUUCUAUUUGUUUUAUGUAUCAACUUUUUUGUUAUCAGUCUUAACAAAUAUACAAAAUUUUAUAUUUGUUUUAUCUAUUAACUUUUUUGUUAUUAGUCUUAACAAAUAUACAAAAUUUUAUAUUUGUUUUAUCUAUCAACUUUUUUGUUAUCAGUCUUAACAAAUAUACAAAAUUUUGUAAGAUCAGGAAUUGUGGAUUUUAGAGAUAUACAAAGAAAAUGGAUUUUUGGUAUGUCAGGACAAGUGGGACAACACAAUUGUUUUGGUGUAAUUUCUCGUUGUUCUUAUUUAUAUUUGAGACUGCAGGAAUUUGAGGAAUGCUAAAUAUCUUGGGAAUAAACCUGAGUAGAUCGAACUUUUUUUGGCAGGGUAAAAUUUUAGAUUUUUAUGUGUAAAACUUUGUACAGCCUUACUGUGUCUUAGGAUUGUAAAAUUAUAAUGGAAAUCAUCCAUAAAGCAUUUUUUCAUAUUGAUUAUCCAGAUGAAUAAUAAUGCUGUAUAGUCAACAUAAUAUGUGUUGAUGCAAUAUGUAAAAUAUUUUUGUCAUUACAGAAAGCUUUAUAUAUGUUUUAAUUUCAUAUCAUUAUAAUAAUGUUUCAGUUUCAAUUGUCUUUUUGAUAUAAGCCAAUAAAUAUAUUUCAUUGA